UAUAAUAACUUUUGACAUAUUGAACUCAUUACUACCCCUCGCGAUUAUGCUUACAGAUGGAUUAAACGCAUACGAAGCAUACGUACAUGAUCCGUGAACACAACUUUGCGUCGCACUUGCAUGUUAAGCAAAUGUACAGAAGAUCUAGUGAAACAUUUGGUGGUGACCUCCCGUGGUAGAUGGAAUAUUUGCAGUUGAACCCGGCAUAGUUUUACAAUUGCCGCUAAUUACGAUGAAGAAAUGGUCGUACUAAGAAUUGUUAUUUAGUUAAUAUCAGAACUCAUUCAGUCUUGUGGUUGAACGCAAAGUGCAAAGUUACCCCGAUGCUUCUGCGUGCUGCUGUGUUGUGUGACGUAUUGUCUUUUAAUAGUCAGCCCCUGUGACCGGUUUUUCCGUCGUUAACGAAGCACCGUUGUACAUCGAGUCGCGCCCUCAUCCGACCUUGAAACCUAUAAUCGUUCAUAGCAUUCGAUGUUUGAAACAUCGUCUGGAAAACUGUUCAUCGUGCUCUACAGGUUCAACUCUUUUUUGUUUUCUUCGGCGCCUCGUUAACGCGGAGCAACAGUGAAAUGGCGAAAAAGACGUACGAUCUAUUGUUCAAGUUACUGCUCAUCGGUGAUUCGGGAGUCGGCAAAACCUGUAUAUUGUUUAGAUUUUCGGAUGAUGCUUUUUCAACGACAUUUAUUUCUACCAUAGGUAUCGAUUUUAAAAUCAAGACAGUGGAAUUAAGAGGAAAAAAGAUCAAGUUACAGAUAUGGGAUACAGCUGGUCAAGAAAGAUUUCAUACCAUUACUACAUCAUAUUACAGAGGUGCAAUGGGUAUUAUGCUUGUUUAUGACAUUACUAAUGAAAAAACAUUUGAAAAUAUUGUUAAAUGGUUGAGAAAUAUUGAUGAACAUGCAAAUGAAGAUGUGGAAAAAAUGAUAUUAGGGAACAAAAGUGAUAUGGAUGAUAAACGUGUUGUUAGCACAGAAAGAGGAGAAGCGAUAGCAAGAGAGCAUGGAAUCAGAUUUAUGGAAACUUCUGCAAAGGCAGACAUUAAUAUCGAUCGUGCAUUUAGUGAAUUAGCUGAAGCAAUUCUGGAAAAAACUCAUGGAAAAGAACCACAAGAUGCUCCUGAUAGAGUAACAGUUGAUCGAAGGGUGGAAAGAAAUUCUAAUCGGUGCUGCUAAUUUUAUAUUAUUUAUUUUAACGGCGCAUAAUAUACUAUAUAUCAGCUCGUGCCACUCAAAAUAGAUUUGUGGAUAGAUUUAGAGCAUAAUUUACAGCAUAAUAGUAUAAUUAAACUCUUCACAACACUGCCUAAUCAAAUUCGAUUGAACUUAUCUGAUCACAGUUCUGAU